GCGCGGCGGUGCCGGUCCGGUGCUAAGAUGGCGUCUAUCAUGGAGGGCCCGCUGAGCAAAUGGACCAAUGUGAUGAAGGGCUGGCAGUACCGCUGGUUCGUGCUGGACUACAACGCGGGGCUGCUCUCCUACUACACGUCAAAAGACAAAAUGAUGAGAGGCUCCCGCCGAGGGUGUGUUAGACUCAGGGGAGCUGUGAUUGGUAUAGACGAUGAGGACGACAGCACCUUCACAAUAACUGUUGAUCAGAAAACCUUCCAUUUCCAGGCUCGAGAUGCAGAUGAGAGGGAGAAGUGGAUCCACGCUUUAGAGGACACCAUCCUCCGCCAUACCCUCCAACUUCAGGGUGUGGAUUCAGGAUUUGUUCCCAGCGUUCAUGAUUUUGACAAGAAACUUACUGAGGCUGAUGCUUACUUACAGAUCUUGAUAGACCAGCUGAAGCUCUUUGAUGAAAAACUCCAGAACUGCAAAGAUGAUGAACAGAGAAAAGCAAAAAAUCGAAGGUCUCAAAGAAACAACCAGUAGCAUGGUAGAAUCAAUAAAACACUGCAUUGUGUUGCUACAGAUUGCUAAAGACCAAAAUAAUGAGGAGAAGCACGCAAAUGGACUUAUAAGCACCAUCAACCCCGUGGACGCCGUGUAUCAGCCCAGCCCCUUGGAGCCAUCAGGGAUCAGCACCAUGCCCUCCCAGGCUGUGACACUGCCAGAACCUGCUCAGCUGUGCAAGUCAGAGCAGAGACCCUCCUCUUUGCCAGUGGGACCCGUGGUAGCAUCGCUGGGGAACCAGACUCCAACCCCAAACAGUACAGGGAGUGGGCAGUCAGCACCUAGCAGCAGUCUCACCUCUCCAAGCCAUGUCAACCUGUCUCCAAAUACAGUCCCAGAUUUUUCUUACUCCAGCAGUGAGGAUGAGUUCUAUGAUGCUGAUGAGUUCUACCAGAGCAGUUCUUCCCCAAAGCGAUGCAUGGAUUCUUCAGGGUCUGCUGCAGUCCUGACUCGGAGCAGCACAGGGAGCAGCCUGAAACGUCCAGACACCACAGAGUCCCUCAAUUCUUCCAUGUCUAAUGGCACAAAUGAUGCUGAUCUCUUUGAUCCUCCCGACGAUCGAGAAGAUGAUGGGGAAGGAGAGUCGGUGGAGGAGCACAAAAGUGUUAUCAUGCAUCUCCUGUCACAAGUGAGAUUAGGCAUGGACCUCACCAAGGUGGUUCUCCCAACGUUUAUCCUGGAAAGGAGGUCGCUGUUGGAAAUGUAUGCUGACUUCUUUGCACACCCAGACUUGUUUGUCAGCAUCAGUGACCAGAAGGAUCCCAAGGAGAGGAUGGUCCAGGUGGUGAAGUGGUACCUCUCAGCCUUCCAUGCAGGAAGGAAGGGCUCAGUUGCUAAGAAGCCUUACAACCCCAUCCUGGGGGAGAUCUUCCGCUGCCACUGGGUGUUGCCUGGCACUGAGGAUGACAUGGAGCCCGUCUCUGAAGGACCAGUGCCCUGGGUCAGCAAAAGCAACGUCACCUUCGUGGCAGAGCAGGUCUCUCACCACCCUCCAAUUUCAGCAUUUUAUGCAGAGUGUUUUAGCAAGAGGAUACAGUUCAAUGCUCACAUAUGGACCAAGUCCAAAUUCCUAGGAAUGUCUAUUGGGGUUCAUAACAUAGGGCAAGGGUGUGUUACAUGCCUAGAUCAUGAUGAACACUAUAUUUUGACUUUUCCUAAUGGCUAUGGAAGGUCUAUUCUCACUGUGCCAUGGAUAGAGCUUGGGGGGGAGUGCAGCAUCAAUUGCUCAAAGACAGGUUACAAUGCUUCCAUUGUCUUCCACACAAAACCAUUUUAUGGAGGAAAGAAGCACAGAGUUACAGCUGAAAUUUUUUCUCCAAAUGACAAGAAACCCUUCUGCUCCAUUGAAGGAGAAUGGAAUGGGGUCAUGUAUGCAAAGUACUCCACAGGGGAGAAUGCUGUCUUUAUAGAUACCAAGAAAAUGCCUACAAUAAAGAAGAAGGUAAGGAAAUUGGAGGACCAAGACGACUUUGAGUCUCGCUGCCUAUGGAAGGAUGUCACCUACAACCUGAAGAUCAGAGACAUCGACGCAGCCACGGCGGCCAAGCACGCGCUUGAGGAGCGGCAGAGAGCCGAGGCCAGGGCCAGGAAGGAGAACGAGACCUCCUGGGAAACGAGGUUAUUCCACGAGGACGGGGAGUGCUGGGUGUACGAUGAGCCGCUGCUGAAGCGCCUCGCUGCCAGCAAGCACUGAGGGGUGAGCCCGGCCUGGCCUGGGCGGGGCUGGCUGGGCAGGGCAGGGCUGGCAGCUGAGCCCACACCCACAGCGAUGCCGAUCACGUACCCGGCCCAGCCCUGCCCUCCUGCAGCUGCAGCGGUUCCUUUCUCAGGGAUUCUGGACUUACUGAGACAGACAAAGCAAUUCACGAGAGGCUGAGCAGCUCCGGGCAGGGACUGGCUCUGGUGGCAGGGCCCAGCCCAGGCCUGGGGCACACACACUGUGUAACCACUGUGAAGGCCACGGCGCUGGGAGCAGUUGCAUCAUAAUCCUGGGUCCUGCAUAUUUAAAAAGCAAGGAACAAAAUGCAAGGUGUCAUUUAAAUCUCGCUGAUGUUUGCAAUGUGUAAAUACGAGGAUUCCUCCGAUGGGACAAUUUGUUAGGAAAUGCUACAUCAAUGUUAUCUUCCACAUGUAUGAUAAUCAAAUCUUUUGGCAUUUCAGUGUCUUGCCCAAAAUAACUGGUAUUUUGAGAUUGAAAUGUAACCAUAGAUAAUUCUACCCAAUGCAUCUUAAAGCUUCAUAAAAUAGAUUUUUCAAACUUC